GUGUGUUGCGAGUGCUGCGGCCGGCUUUGGGAAUGAGGAGCUCAAAUGGUCCUCAUCCUCAGCAGAGUGAGCAGCAUGUGAAUUUGCGUUGUGUGUGCACCAUGAGCCUGCACUUAGUGCUCCUUAUAUUGGUGUUCGGCAGCCAGGUCGGCGGCCAGUCGGACACCAACCCGCUGGACUCACAACUGACCUCUCAACUACCAAAAUUUGCUCUGAUCGCACCACGCGUUGUGCGGCCGUCGUCAAUCUACUCGGUGGCCUUGGUUGCAUUGCCCGGUCUCGAUCACCACAUAGAGGUUAAGGGUGCCCUGAGCAAGGAUGGCGUGCAGAUGGCCGCCAGCAGCAAGGAGGAGCUCCGACCUUCAGGGUCGGUGCGUUUGUUGAUAAAGGUGCCAAGGUCCAGCGUGCCCGGCGAUUACUCGCUAAGGGUUGAGGGGCACAACUCGGAAACCGGCGCCAGGGUUUUCACCAACACCACGGCUCUCGAGUUCUCGGCUCGGUUCCUUACAAUAAUCGUCCAGACCAGCCGGCCGAUCUACUGUAACGGACAAGAUGUUAGGUUCAGAGUUGUGUUGCUUACAAUGGACAUGAAACCUUUCGACGAAGCUGUCACCAUUUAUAUGUUGGACCCGCGCGGCUUUGUCAUGAGGCGCUGGAUAAGUACAGAGUCGAAUACCGGCGUGGUGAGCUUGAUGUUCCAACUGCCCCGUCUCUGCCGGACGGGCACUUGGACGAUCAAAGUGGAGGCUCAGGGUCAAGUGGAAAACCAGCAUUUCGAAGUGCACACCCAUUUCGUUCCUCUCUUUGAGGUUUUGAUGUUCACGCCGAAAUACGCUCUCGACAGCGACGAGAGCUUCACUGCUACGACUAAUGCGAUUUCUUCCACUGAAAGAUUGGCGAGGGGCAAUGGCACUCUCAGAGUUUACGGCCACAGGUUUUUCGACAGUGCUCGCAAGGAUGACCGAAGGUUUAUCGAGAACUCCCGCAAAGAUGACGAGAGGAAGCUGCUGUGGAGUGAAGAAGUAUUCCUCGAGACUGGAGUGGCAAGUUGGGAGAUUGCUCUCAGCAGGAUCGAGGCGUUCAUGGGAUCCCCUUUGGCGGGCGUCGAGGUCAGAGUUGAGCUCGAAGUGAUGGAGACUUUUUACGGCGACGUCAGGUCGGGCUUCUCCUGCACCAGGAUCAUCGAGGGCGGAUUGCAGCUCAAGUUCUUGGGUUCGAUGCCGCAAUUCUUUCGACCGGGAAUGCCGUUUGAAGGACAGGUCGCUGUCAGUCACAGAGAUCACGAGAAGGUUUCCGAGGAAUUGCUGCAAAAUUCACGAUUGGAAAUACGGGCCUUCGCGACUCUCGAGAGCGGCGGCCGAGUCGAUCUUCCCGAAAUUAAAAUCCCAUCAACUAAAGACACUUCCGAUGUUCCCUAUAUGACUGAUGAAUUGGAAGAGAGAAACUUCGCCGACUUAGUGCAGCCCUAUUUUGAUAAACUUGCCUUUAGAGAAUUCCGGCAGGACGGCGUUCACAGAUUCAAAUUAAUGGUGCCCAAUAGGGCUGCCAGAAUUGAAUUCCAAGCUACUUUCACAGAUCCUGAUGGAAAAGUCGAGACGGCAGAAUUGAAAGUGGAGCGUCAUUAUUCCCCGAGUGCACGAUACAUAUCAGUGACAACGAGUACUGAAACAGCGAAACCUGGUGAAUACGCGAUCUUCCACUUACUUCCCAACUUUAUGGCGGAGAACGUGUUAUACAUGGUGGUGUCGAAGGGAAUCCUGCUGAUCGCGGACACAAUAGAGCCCCAUUACAGCGGCGCCACCACGUUCGCCGUCCCCGUGUCUGCAGAAAUGAGCCCGGCAUUCCGGCUCGUGGUGCUCGGCGUCACCAGGCAGGGCGAGAUCGUUUCCGACGCUGUCUGGUUGCCGGUCGAAGGAAUUUCCAUGCACAAUGCAAAACUGGCUUUGAAUCAAGCCAAGGAUCACACAAAGGAGUCGGUCGAAUUCGAGGUGCGCGCAGAGCCCGGCGCUUACUUCGCGACCCAGACGCUCAACGUGUUUAUGUACGAGCUGCAGGCGGGCAGUGAGAUCACCAGGGCCAGGGUCAUGCGAGCUCUGCACUCCUUUGAAAACAACACCAAGUCGGCGCACAAAGUGGCGUGGAGAGCGCGCGACGGCUUGAGAGAAGACCAAAACUCCUUUUUCAAGUCCGGAAGCUACGGCCCCGAUGCGAACAGGACAUUGCAAGAGGCAGGCCUGCUUAUUGUAACGGACGCAAUUGUGCCAAAUGUGCCUGGCUCAGAAGAUGGGUGCGAUGACAAUUCAACGAUUCCAAAGUUGCCUUGCGCUAUCCGGGGCUGUUAUCCAGCUAAGAAAAGAUGCGACGGCCAAAAAGACUGCUCGGAUGGGUCAGAUGAAGCGGAUUGUUUUAAUGAAGAUGACUUCCAGGCGCAAGUUUUGUACUCACUAAAUAGAAUGAGUGGAUUCACGGAUCUUUACCAAGUUGGAGACGGAGAUUGGGGCUGGUUCGAAAGAAACAUCGGGCAUCACGGCCGAGAGUACGACAAAAUUCCAGUGGCAGCAGUUACAAACAACUGGUACAUUUCCGGCUUCAGCCUGAGCAAAGAUUACGGAAUCGCCGUGCUCAAAGAGCCCAUUCAGUACGAGAGUCAACGGCCGUUCAUGGCGAGUCUGGAAGGAGCGUCGCAAUGUCGGCGGGGCGAACAAGUGGGUUUGCGCCUGAUGCUUUUCAACAGAGAGCCGGGCCUACAUGAAAUGCUGGUGACCGUGAUUCUUCACGGCUCAGACGACUACAAGUUUGUCCAUGUCGAGCAGGACGGCAUCGUGUCCAGUUACGGAGCUCGUCUGUCCGGAGGUGACCACCAUCAUCUUGUUUGGAUCGGCGAGGGUGGUGAGCAGCAGGUAGACAUUCCUGUGAAGCCAGUGAUCGAAAAUGGAGAGAUUGAAGUGACCAUCACUGCGACAACUCAGAUUGGUUUUAAAACGCUUACGCACACGAUCACUGUUUUGGGUGAAGGUGCUCCCGUAAGCGGACACACGUCGAUUUUUCUCGAUUUGAAGUCGCGUGCAUUGCUACUGCGCUACUUAAAAAUUCCCGUUGAGGAAACGCCAGUUGUGCCCUACCACGAUUGGCGGAGAUACGUUUUUGGGAGUCCAUCUGGCACAAUUUUGCUUUCAAGCGACUUAAUUGGGCCCGUGUUCCCCGAAAUUCCGCUGACAACUAUACACCUUGUGGACCGCCACCUGAAGGGAACAGAAGCACGUGCAUCGGAACUGGGAGCGAAUGUGUGGACUCUGCACUAUCUGCGCCUGACAAAUCGCCUCAAAAGAGACAAACUGCGAGAAGUACUCGCCACCUGCACGACAAUUUUUACACAAAUUAUGAUGAGGUUCAACGACACUACAGGAGCCUUCCAUAAUUGGGAUGAUUCUCCGCCCAGCGUUUGGGUGACUUCUUGGGUGGUAAGACUGAUCAAACAUGCGUCAUUCCAAGACUGGGAAGACUAUUUCUACGCUGAGCCUAGGAUCAUAAGCAUGGCGGUGUCGUUCAUUCUGCAGCACCAAACCUACCAGGGAUCCUUUUACGAACCUGAAUUCACCUACUCACGUAGCCCGCUGGACCAGCGCAUGCACUCGACGCAAACGCCCCAGCCUAAUGCAACACGCGGCGAGCGAUGGCGGGACAGUUUAUUGAACGCCAAAAAUAUUUCCUUAACGGCGCACGUGCUCAUCAGUUUGCAAGAGGCGUUGGUUAAGGUGCAAGGAAGUUUGAAAGGCGACACUGCGUCUGCCCGUGACAGAGCAAUGAGGUAUUUAGAGAGACAACUGAAUUCGCUGACCGACCCUUAUGAAGUGGCCAUCACAACUUACGCUCUAACCAUUUGUGAAAGCUCCGAGAAGGACUUGGCAUUCAGGACUUUAUCUUCGAUGGCCCUGGAUGGAGACAACGGAGAAAUGUACUGGUCCCGUGUGAAAAUUCCAUCAAACCCCAUCAAAUACGAAAAUCAGCGCCCAUUCAUCGAGCCAUCGCCGAUCGUCGAGGGUGACUCUGUGGCCGUGGAAGCAACCUCCUACGCCCUCCUCACUUAUAUUGCUCGCGAGGGCAUCGGCCUCAUUCACGAAAGAAUAGUCCAAUGGUUGACCGCAGUCAAAGUGACCUAUUUAGGAUAUUACUCCACAGUGGAGUCCGUUUUGGCGCUUCAAGCGAUGACGGAAUACGCCUUCCGGGAGAGACUCUUGGAUAUUACAGACAUGAGCGUGACCCUAGAGCUGCCCAGUACUGAUGGCCUGAGGUACGAACAGAGGCUAAUUGGAAACGACACGGAAGCGAGCUAUUUUACUUCCGACAUUCCAAACGUUUGGGGUCACGUGAACGUGAUUGCCAGGGGAAGGGGUCAGGCCCUGAUGCAGAUGGACGUUGCUUGGGGCGUGGACCACGAGACUCUGAAGGACGCCCCUUCAGAAGAUUCUUUCGACCUGACCGUCCAAGAGUUUUAUUCAGAAUUUCGCAACAAGUCUAAAAUAACGAUUCAUACCUGUUUCAGGUGGGUCCGACCGAGCCCUUUAACAAGCGGAGCGGCCGUUCUAGAGGUUGAUUUGCCCACCGGUUACCAUAUGUUGGAAUCGGACGCAAUUUCCCUCGCUCGCUCUGGAGUUCACCCGACUCUGAGGGAAGGAUUGACUGUAACUGGGAAAACACUUUGGUACUUUGAACACAUUACUCCAGAAUGGAGCUGUUUCAAUCACUCAGUGAUACGCUGGUAUCCAGCUGCAAAUAUUUCUCUUCAUCGCUCAGUAUUUCUCUACGAGAUGUACGCCAGAGAGCGAUUUGUCCAAGUACUUGUCAACUCUACGCCACUGUACGUGUUGAACAUUUGUGAGGUGUGUGGAUCAUAUCAGUGUCCGUACUGCCCACACUUCAGCCACACGUCCUUUGUGCAGCUGUCCUACGCGCUUCUUCUCACCGCUCUAGCGAUUGUUGCACUGAGAAAUUUCAAUGUUUAAGGCAGUCUUUGAGCUCUAAAUUGCCAUCGACUGACUGGCCCCAAGUCAAAAUGUUUUCCAAUGCUGUAUUGGUACUUUAACUAGAAUUAAGUGAUUCAGCAUCUCCGCUGACAGACUUUUAAGUGCAGUAUUGUAAGAAUUUUUUAUUUGUAAAUAAUUUUAGAAAUUAUGUUUAAAAUCAAUAAAUUGCAUUUUGAAAGUAAUUUUUGGCCUCUAAGCUUUUAUCUAGGUGAUUUUGCUGGUUUAACAGUCAUCGGCCAGCAAGUGUUUUAACUGAUUAACAGUUUCGUUUUUAAAGGAAAUGACAGAGUUUCUUCUUCAAGCUGUCUGUUAAUUUGACGCUCUUAUCGAUUCCGUCCAAGAUUCUUGUUCACCAGAUAGUCAUUACUAACACUAUCAGGUAAAUAAAAGAUAAAAGUUAAUUGCUACUAGAAAAAUAACAUUUAUGGUGUAUUUUUAUAUUACUUUUAUAUUGUUCGUUUGAACAACUAAGAAAAUGAUAUAUGUCCCAUCGUCAAUUGAUUGGGUUUUUAUAUUUAGAGGAUUAGAAAAUAAAAUUCAUUCUGAGAGCUUUUGUCAA